AUGCCGAAGGGCAACGACCGAUUUCCUCAACCCGCAAUACACUUGUUGCCCCCCUCGUCCUCCCCGACCCUCCGACCGCAUUGUGCCCCCGGACACAUCCAGACCGUUGCCGUCCCCGUCCCCGUCCCCCUUCAUACGAAUACCACCAACUCGACUGCCGCCUUCGCCGCGAGAACGAUCCCUCCCCCGAUCACGAACCACACGAUCAGGUCAACUGCCGCUGCCGCUGCCGCUGCGACUCCCGAGGCUCCUGCCUUUGCCUCCCCCGCCGCCUCGACCGUCAAUCCCUUCCAGGACCCGGGUUUCCAGCCCAGCAACCCCCGUUACCUCCCGGCCUCGCCGCCCCCGACUACCAACAUCUUUUCUCCCGACGGACAAUGGACAACUCCCGAUAUUAGUCGGUAUGGUCUGACAUAUAGCGCUACACCUUGCGAGAAUCCCUUUGACGCCAUCUCCAAGUCUCUCUUGACCCCUACUUCGGACCUCACAUCUCCUACCACCGCUUCGCCCACACAACUAUCGCGUCCGCGCCUCACCAGGCCACCAACUCUGCAAGGGAAGCGUCAGUCUGACGAAGAGACGGCACAGAUCAGGGCACAGUCCUCGCCUUUGAAGAAGCCGCGCCGUCUUGCUCCCCCGAAAAGCAUCGAUUUACCCAAGCUACCUCAUCCCUCGACCAUCCUGGCUAGGCAUAAUCAGGCUGCCGUCACCUCUCCUUUGUUUUUCUCUCGCUCCGACAUCCGUCGACCGAUGCCCCCUCGACCGAGCCAUCUCCCUCCCUCCGACGCUGCUGCCGUGCUGCUGGCUCGUCUGAGGGAGGAUGCGGACGGCGUUCAUACCGUUCGCUUGCCCCGUGGCACUGUUCAUGCCCAGAGCUCGGCCCGAUCCGGCAGCACUCCCGGGAGCAGUAGCUUGUCGUCUUCGGCAGAGGCGACCUUCUCGUCGUCGCGGAGCCCCAACAGCCAAUCUGUUCCCCCGGGCCUCCAAAUACUGAGGAAUAUUGGUGUGGUGGAACUCCUCGAGCAAGAUGAGCGCCCGACGCUCAUCAUAGACCUCGCAAAUCCUGUCAACUCUCAGAGGACAGCCCUCCACCUACUAUACGCCAACGCUGCUCUCCGCGCUUCUGUUGGUGUGUUGGAACUGCUUUCCGUGGAAGGAGAUCAGGCGGCAAAUAAUGUCGAAUACAUGCGGUUCAAAGCAUGGGCUAUGAGUUUUGUUCGGAAUCAGGAAUCCCUGGACGUGUGUCUGCCCUCUCACCACUAUGGAGGCAUUACAUGGACCUGCUCUACGCUUCGCAAGCGCUUUCGCUUCGUUAGCGGGAACUUGAGCGCCGUGUCGACUGCGCCCGACUCGCCAGCGCCGCUCGCCGAAGAGUCGGCGGUCCUGGAGCAACGAAGCAGGGGUCCCACUCCGAAUCAACCAAACAAUGUUCAAAUGGAAGACGAGCCUGACUACUUCGGCGAUGCCAUAUCAGAAUCCCCUGAGAUGGACGACACGCCUCUUGGCGGCGACUGCGUCAUGGUGGAUAACGGCGAGAGGCAUCACACCGACGAGUUUACUCAGCAGGUCUUCCAGGCGGCUUUGUUGAAACCGUCUUUCGAUUGGACACGGAUUCAAGUAACUGACGAUCUGAACGACCACAUCAAAUUUGCCCGCAACAUCGACUGGGCUUCAACAAUGCUGGGUCCCAUAGAACACUGGAGCGCGGAUCUGAGAGCAAUGGCCAAUAUGGUUAUGGGUAGCCCCCACCCUGCGGCAAUGUACUGGACUAGAGACAGUGUCAUUCUUUACAACGAAGCCUACGUUGAGCUUGCCGGCCAAAAACACCCGAACCUUAUGGGAAUGCGGUACCAAGACGGCUGGAAGGAAAUCUGGGACGAUCUUGAGCCAAUUGUGGACAGCGCUUGGGAGAACGGGCAGUCGGUCAUGAAAAACGACAACCAGCUUUUUAUCAUCCGACACGGUUUCCUGGAAGAGACGUUCUUCUCCUGGUCCCUUAUCCCAUUGCUAGGCAGCGACGGCCAGGUUGUCGGGCUUUACAAUCCUGCGUUCGAAAAUACCCGCCGCAAGAUCAAUGAACGCCGAAUGUUGACUCUGCGGGAGGUUGGCGAAAAGACUGCUGCAGCUAAGGACGUCAGGAACUUUUGGCCAAGAGUCAGGGAGGGCCUCGAGUUCAACGACUUGGACGUCCCAUUCGCUCUCAUCUACUCCGUCAAGGAGGACACUGAGAGCGAGGUGUCUUCCAUGCAUUCUGGCAGUAUUGCGCACCCGCCUCUUUUGCAGCUGGAGGGCUCAUUGGGUGUUCCCGAUGGGCACCCGACAGCUCUAUCUCAUCUCGAUCUGAAGUCAUCAGACGAAGGUUUCGCGCCUUAUAUGCGUCAGUCCAUGACGAUGCAAGGAGCGCCUAUCGUCCUCUCUGCCGAAUCAGGUACCCUGCCAACUAAGCUGCUGGAAGGGAUGGAAUGGAGAGGCUUCGGGGACCCGUCCAAAACGAUUGUCAUCCUGCCUGUUCAUCCCACUACUGCUGGCGAGUCCGUGGUCGGCUUCAUCGUUCUAGGAACCAACCCCCGUCGGCCAUACGACGAUGACUAUCAACUCUUCAUCCAUCUUCUUUCCAGGCAAUUGGCCACCUCGAUGGCUUCCGUUGUGCUCUUUGAGGAAGAAAUCAAGCGUGGCCAGAGAGCCGCGCGCCUGGCUGCCUUGGACCGCCAAGAACUGCAGAUGGAACUUUACCUAAGGACACAAGAAGCUGUGGAAAGUGAAUACAAGUUCUCACGAAUGGCCGAAUUCGCACCGGUCGGCAUGUUCAUUGCUAAUGACAAGGGAAUGAUCAACUUCGCCAACGACAUGUGGUGGCAGAUCUCAAGGCAUCCAAGGACGGAGGACAGCGUCAACACUUGGAUGCGAAGUGUGCGGGACGAAGACCGCUCAGGUGUCGAGCGAUCCUGGAAGAAACUCAUCCAGGAAAAAGAAGCAAUCACAAUCGAGUUUCGAUUCAAAUGCAGUCGUCAGAAUGGGGUUAACACUAUCGACACCUGGGUACUAUUGAGUGCCUUCCCGGAAAGGAACGAAGAUGGCGAUCUGAAGAGCAUUUUCGGUUGCAUCACGGACAUCUCGCCCCAAAAAUGGGCCGAAGAUUUCCAAAAGCAGCGGAGGGAAGAGGCGGUCGAGCUCAAGCGACAGCAAGAGAACUUUAUCGACAUUACCAGUCACGAGAUGCGCAACCCGCUUAGCGCGGUUCUGCAAUGUGCAGAUGAAAUCGUCAACAGCAUUGCUGAAUUCAAGUCCCACCAGCUCGACAAGGAGCUUGAGGUUCUGUUAGAUGGCUGUACGGAAGCGGCCAGCACCAUCAAUCUUUGCGCGAGCCACCAGAAGCGUAUCGUGGACGACGUGCUUACGCUGUCGAAGCUCGAUUCGCAGCUACUAUUGGUCACACCCGUCGACUCGCACCCCAUCACGAUUGUGCGACACGUCAUCAAGAUGUUCGAGUCAGAGUUGAAUACCCACGACAUUCGCCUAGAGUUCACCAUCGACCCGGCGUAUUCCAGCCAUGCUGUCGAUUGGGUCAGGUUGGAUCCGUCGAGGUUGAGACAAGUUCUGAUCAACCUCAUGACCAACGCUAUCAAGUUCACCCAAGGUCGCGAGAAACGUGAGAUUAUCAUGAGGAUGAGUGCGUCCAAGCACAUCAGUGAGGUCAUUCAGAAGGGUGUUUCGUUCUUCCCCACCCGUAAGGAGGAUGUUAAGGCUUUCACCCACGAGAAGGACUGGGGUGAUGGAGAGGAGAUCAACCUUCACUUCUCGGUGCAGGACACGGGUCCCGGCCUGCGAGACGAUGAGAAGAAGCUUCUCUUCCAACGAUUCUCGCAAGCGUCGCCGCGUACCCACGUACAAUACGGCGGGUCAGGCCUUGGGCUUUUCAUCUCGAGAAUGCUUGCGGAGCUUCAAGGGGGUCAAAUUGGCGUCAUUUCGGAGAAGGGCAUAGGCAGCACCUUUGCAUUCUAUGUCAAGUGUCGCAAGACGCCGGCUCCAAACGCCGAGUCCCCGUCGCUCUCGGCGCUGAAUCUUGCACGUCCGCUCAAAGUUCAACCGACCUCGGCGCCAUCAACCCCACCUCCCACCACCCUGCCACGACGCCCAUCGUACCGUAAGGCCGUCACCGAAGGACCAAUACCCCUGGAUGUUUUGAUUGUGGAAGACAACAUCGUGAACCAGAGAGUCCUCCAGAAGCAGCUCAAGAAUUGCGGCAACAACACACAUGUUGCUAACCACGGUGGAGAAGCUCUGGACCAGCUGAAGAGAUCCCGCUUCUGGUCCGGAAAUGAGGCACAAGGCUUUGACCUGAGCGUCAUCCUAAUGGACUUGGAGAUGCCGGUCAUGGAUGGAAUGACUUGCGCGAAACGCAUUCGUGAAUUAGAGAGGGAAGGGACUCUCAUCUCACACAUUCCCAUCAUCGCCGUUACGGCUUACGCGCGGCCCGAACAAAUCGAAAGCGCGAAAGCCGCCGGUAUCGACGAUGUGAUUUCCAAGCCUUUCAGAAUACCCGAAUUGAUACCCAAGAUUCAGGAGUUGGUUGCGAAGUACAAGGAUCUCUCUGUGACAGCGCCCAUGACCUCAUCUUAA